UCUAAACAGAAAUGGUACGCUCCACUGUGACGUCAACUUGAACUAGCUUAUUUCAAGGGCAGUUAGUAGUUGACUUCACCCAGUCCUGUAGAAACUCACGUCGACAUGCUUUGCAGAGUUGCUCAAAUACGCAGGUGUGCAGCCAGCCUCAGUCAAACUGUUAGCAAAGUCACUGCAACGAGGCAGAAGCACACACUGCCCGACUUAACGUACGACUAUGGGGCUCUGGAGCCUCACAUCAGUGCAGAGAUUAUGCAGCUGCACCACAGCAAACAUCAUGCCACAUAUGUGAACAACCUCAACAUCACCGAGGAGAAAUAUCAAGAGGCUCUGGCAAAAGGUGAUGUGACAGCACAGGUUUCCCUCCAGGCUGCCCUCAAGUUUAACGGUGGAGGCCACAUCAACCACACUAUCUUUUGGACAAACCUUUCUCCAAAUGGUGGAGGCGAGCCACAGGGAGAACUUAUGGAAGCCAUCAAAAGAGACUUUGGUUCCUUCCAGAAUAUGAAAGAGAAAAUGUCUGCUGCCACUGUAGCAGUGCAGGGUUCUGGCUGGGGAUGGUUAGGCUAUGAUAAAGAGAGUGGCAGACUCCGUGUUGCUGCUUGUGCUAACCAGGAUCCUCUGCUGGGGACAACAGGUCUCAUCCCUCUUCUUGGUAUUGAUGUGUGGGAACACGCAUACUACCUUCAAUAUAAAAAUGUGCGUCCGGACUACGUUAAAGCAAUCUGGAAUAUUAUCAACUGGGAAAAUGUGAGCGAUCGUCUUCAAACUGCUAAAAAGUAAAAAUCGAAUGUUCAUACAUCCCAACGAUCUCUCUCCCUACAACAUGGAGCACUUACAGUAGUUCUUGUGGUUUAAUGUUUAGUUGUGGUGUCUUCAAUGUCUCAGUUAAGGUGCAUAUUGGUUAUACUGUGUUACUAAUGUUAAAAUACUUGCAUAAUAUAUAUUGGGACAGGCAACAAUAACUUCAUGGAAAAACACGCACAGUUUGAAAAAAAUAAAGAUAUUUGUUUUCUCUUG